AUGGAUCGAUUGCAUCAAGUGUACAUGAUCAUCCUGACUGACACGCGAUGGGUUUUGUUCGGCUAUUCAGGAAUUGCUUUUCAAAGCGUGGACCCCUUUCAACCUGAUUCCGUGGGCUACCUCAUUCCAUACUGCGUACUGCAGCAUUUUGUCGACCACAUAGCCUGUCAUGGUCAGUAUGCGGGGUUCUCAUUUUGCAUAUUUCGCUGGCAAAGAAUGGAAACCCAUCAUUUGAGGAGAUCUCUUGGAACGGCCAAGGAUCAGUCUGGGAUUUUAGUCAAGUGGGUUGCAGAGAUUUGCGAAGCGAAUCGGAUGUUACGAAAGGGAGAUAUUAUGACUCGUGUGGAUGGAAUCUUCGUCUCGAACGCUGGGACAGUACUAUUUUGCUCUUGGGAACGCAUCAGUUUGACUUUUGUGAUCACCAGCAAAUGCGAGCACUCGCACAUCCGCAGCCUGAGGCUGAACGAGAACCUCAAUGCGGCCCCCGAAUGGGCAGGGGCUGGUGGGGCAGGUGGAGGCGCGCAAGGCCGUGGCGUGGUGGUUCUCAUCAUCGAGCAGGGCAGGAUCGCGGGCCGCGCCGUCCCCAUCGCGGGCCAGCCCGGCACGGGGAAGACCGCCAUCGCCAUGGGUAUGGCCCAGGCCCUCGCCUCAGAGACGCUCUUCACCAAGAUCGCCGUCAGCGAGAUCUUCUCGCUCAAGAUGUCCAAGACCGAGGCCCUCACGCAGGCCCUGGGGAAGAGCAUCGGCGUUAGAAUUACGGAGGAAACAGAGCAUAUCGAAGGCGAGGUUGUGGAGAUUCAAAUUGAUAUGCCGCUCCCGAAGUCGUCAGCUGCACGGAUGGCGAAGAGUGGCAAGCUUACGUUGAAGACCACGGAGAUGGAGAGGGUGUAUGACUUGGGUACCAAGAUGAUUGACUCAUUGCGGAAGGAGACAGUUACAAUUUUGUUAGCAUUAUUCGCUGGUGACACUGGUGAGAUUAAAUCGGGGGUGAGGGAGCAGAUCGACGUCAAGGUUGCGGAGGGGAGGGAAGAGGGGAAAGCAAAAAUUGUGCAGGGCGUUCUUUUCAUUGACGAGGUGCAUAUGCUUGAUAUUGACUGGUUUUCCUUCAUGAACAGAGCUCUCGAGUCGGACCUCGCCCCAGUCCUUGUGGUGGCGUCGAACCGCGGAAUCACUCGUAUCAGGGGGACCACAUACAAGUCGCCACAUGGCAUUCCACUGGACUUGUUGGAUAGGUUGCUUAUUACUACCAAACUAUUCAACGAGAACGACAUUCGAAAGAUCUUGCAGCUACGCAGCGAAGACGUGGAGAUCAUGGAGAACGGACUAAACCUUCUCACGCGUAUAGAUCUGGAUACCUCUCUGAGAUACGCCAUGUAUCUAAUCACCUCUUCAGGACUCGUUUGGUCGAAAAGAAAGAGGAUAUAG